AUGCCUAUCUCCGCCGAGCACCAAGUCGCCCGGGGAUGGCGGUCUUCCAGAAAUUUGAUCGUCGCCACGGCUUGCGUUGCCUUGUUUACUGAAACCCUUCUAUUCGGAUUUCCCGUACCGAUGCUUCCUUAUAUGCUAGAAGAGCGCCUUCACAACGAGCCAUCCGAAACAACCGAUACCACCAACAAGCUGCUGAGUCUAACCGGUCUCGUGACAAUGAUUUGCUCCCCUGUUUUCGCAAGGAUAUUCGAUAAGACCUCCAAUAAAAAAGGCCCGCUUUUUCUGUCGCUCGGGCUUUGUCUUACGGGGACUGUGCUGGUCGCGUGCACUCAUCAAUUAUGGACACUAUAUCUGGGCAGGAUCCUGCAGGCAGUUGCCGGCUCGGCAGCAUGGCUUGUCUGUACGGCUAUGAUAACGGAGAGUGCAAGUGAUGGUGGAAUGGGGACAGUGAUGGGACUAAUGAGUGGGCCAAUGCUCGGUGGUGUUUUGUUAGGCUGGGUGGGAUACUGGGCAGCUUGGUCUGUGCCAAUGGGCCUGCUAUUUCUCGACAUGAUUGCGCGGUUGAUUAUAGUCCAGCCAGAGCGCCAUUCACACGAUUCGGACAGUUCGUUUCAUGAUACCAAGCACAGCAAGCCAUCCCAUGUCGCCCCAAGCGACUCACACCCUGAUGUGGAGGGAGUUCAUACUGAAACAUCGCCCCUUCUGCCACCAUCGGCUUUGGUAACGAAGGUAGGCUCAGACACAGAAACGGAAGUGGGAAUCGAUAAGGCUUCAGUUGCGGAAACCCACAAUUUCUACGCAGUAUUCCUUCAAGACAUUAGUAUAUGGACAAGCAUUCUGAACACGAUUGUCCAAGCCGCGAUUCGAGCAGCCUUCAACACAACUUUACCCAUUUAUCUUCGGGAUACCUUCAAUUGGGGCCCGUCAUCAGUCGGAAUAACUUUCUUCGCUCUCCAAGUCCCUAUAGUCUUUCUCUCCCCUAUUCUUGGCUGGACCCGAGAUCGCGUCGGUGUCAGAUACCCAACAACGGCUGGUUGGGUUCUUCUUUGCCCCUUACUAUGCUGUUUAGGUAUUCCUGGGAGUGGAACAUUUUGGGCUAGUGGUAACCAGAGAAUUGAAGAAGCUGCCUUUAUUAUAUGUAUAUGUGGUAUUGGAUUAGUUUUGCCAUUCGUUCAAGGUGCUGGAGCUUUGCAUAUGCGGAACGUUGUCGGGAAGAUGGAAAACGAAACCCCCAAUAUCUUUGGCCCCCAUGGUGGGCGCGCGAGGUGCUUCGCGCUACUUUCGGUCUCGUUUAAUACUGGCCUGACGCUGGGCCCAGCCGUGGCUGGAUGGCUGUUUGGCAACGUUGGGUAUUGUUACAUGAAUAUUGUUCUCGGUAGGUGA